GAACUGAAAAGCGGCGCCCAGUUGUGGUGGAUGAAGAACUGAAGUAACACAGCUGAAUUCCUCACUCGUCUUCCUCCGCGACGGCAAUCCAUUUCCUAGACCCUAAUCCCCCAUUUUCGUCUUCCGUAUAUGGAGCUCUGAAUCCGCCAUAAGAGUGACUGAUUAUCGUGUUCCCCUAAAUCGCCGCUCUUCCAUUCUUCAGUAUCGGUGCCAGCAUGGAAAUGGCGGCUCUCCAUUUGCCUUCGUUUUCGAUUCAGGUACACUUCCUGCAAAUCCACCCCUCGCUUUUGAUUCUCGUUGUUCUUAAUUGCCUUCGCUCAUCUGUAGCCAUCUCCGACAUUCGCAAAGCACUGUGUAUCUCCCCACGCAACGCAGCUCAGGACCGGAUUCGUGAUUUUCCAAUGUCCGUCGAGGCGAAAUCCUCCGAAAUCUGGUUCCCGGAUGAUUGGAUUCCGAUUACUGAAAGCAGUGAGCGAUUCAGUUAGCUCGGCUGAAGGAGCAGCAGCUGAUUCUCAAGACGAGGAGGUUGUUACUAGUGAUAGCGCUGACGAUUUCCCGGCUGAUUCCCAGGACGAGAAGGUUGUUGUUACUAGCGAUAGCGCUAACGAUUUCCCGGCUGAUUCUGAGGACGAGAAGGUUGUUGCUACUAUCGAUAGCGCUAACGAUUCGCCGGAUUCCAAAACCCUUGUCGUCGUCGCCAAAUUGCAGGCUGCAAUUUCCCCUCUUUCUCCAUUCGUCUCUUCGAUGAAAACAUAUGCUGGAUGUAAUAGCAAAGCGAUCUGGUUAUCCACUGCUACUGCAAUUUUCCUUUUCGUCGCUGUGAGAGUCUAUGUUGGGAUGACCCAAAAAUCAAAGCACAAUCGUCCAGGAACUGUGGCUGAUCUCGUCAGACGUGGGCAGCUGAGGUCUGAUAGAAGAGGCAUGUAUGCACAAGGCAUCUCCAGUCUGAAGUAUGAAGACCCAUUCAACAAUCCGUAUGUGAAACUUGGCAAGAGCAACUCGACUGUGGAGAUGUGUGGCAAGGUUUAUAAGCUGUCCCCAGUUACACUCACCAAGGAAGAGCAAGCUACCCAUCAGAGGAGGAGGUCGAGAGCUUAUCAGUGGAAGAGACCGACGAUGUUCCUCAAAGAAGGCGAUUCGAUACCACCUGAUGUUGAUCCCGAGUCAGUUAGAUGGAUCCCUGCAAACCAUCCUUUUGCGACUACUUCCAGUGAUAUCGAUGAAAGCUUAGCUCAAACUAAUGUGUAUCAAAAGCACGGUGUCCCAUUUCGUAUUCAGGCUGAGCAUGAGGCACUACAGCGGAAACUCGAAGGAUUGCAACAGGAUCAAAAGCUCAAUAAGUUCUUCAUUGACAGUGACAAUGCUAAAGCGUACGAGAGAUCAUUGAAGUUGCAUCCCAAGUCUAAUGAAGCCAUGGAUCAGAAUCCCUCGGCGAAUCAAGAUGGGAACUCGAGUCCCUCCAGCUCUAACAGCUCGUCGAGUUCCUUCAACAGCACUGCACCCUCUGAUGAACUGCAGAAACCAUAAGUAGCUUUUGCCAUUUUGUUUGUUUGCAACCCACUUUCCACCUUAGUUGCUAUAUGAAGCAGAAGUGUAAUCCUAUCAAGGGUGUAGCUCACUUUUAUAUGCGACUUCAGCUUCGCUACUUUGCUCAGUUGUACAGCGGCGAGAAAUGUAAAUUUGAAAACCCGGUGAUUUGUUUUUGCUUGUUGCAAUUUUGAAGUUGUGGGAGAAUAAUCUUCAGUAUUGUGGAACCAGGAAAGGCUCUCUGUAAAUGAUACAACAUCACCUCA